AUGCCUUGGUUCACAUCCGCCCUAUCUCCAGAAAAGUUUCGAAACGGUACCACAAUUCACAAACUUGCCAAACGCGCGUCGGUCGCUGUCGGUACUCCAUCGGCCACCAGCCAUUCGGCGCAGCGCUUGGCGAGUUCUUCAGCAGCUAUUUCCGAACAAGAUCACCGUUUCUAUCCAGUCUACGUCCAUCACGUUUCCAAGACGGCUCUGCGCUAUCUUCAGGAUGCUCGCGCAACCUGGUUGGUCGAACAAGGUUUGGACCGAGGUCUGCGUCUUAAUGCCAACGGCACGUUCGUUCUACAAUUUCCGUCGCGUCGGGGUCACGAUUCGGGACGGAUUUGGACAAGCUACGAUGCUUCCACGAGAGAACAUCGGCUUUCAGUCUACCGGAAAAAGCUCAAAGGACGAUUCUUGCUCAAAGACGCGUCGUCCGACACACUGCACACUAUUGCUUCGCUGGCCCAGGCCGAAGAAAGGGUGCGCCACGGCGUGGAACAAUUGAUUGUAGCGCUGGAAACUACUGGCCGGGAACCCCCGUCGCCGGGCGUCAGUACCAUGUCGGCAAGCAAGGGCAUGCACAAACAGCCUGUUCCUUGGAAAAAUCGAAGCUUUUUAAAGGAUGCAAAGCUGCGAGUGCAGGAACGAUACUGGAGAGAGUCUCGAUCUGGAGAUGUUCCGGUCGACUGGAACAAAAACUUCUACACUCUACGACAAUUUCACAUACUUCCCGACGCCGUAACUGUGCGGAAAUAUCUCGCCGUCAUCGAAAAAUUGGUGUGCGACGACAUCUGCGAUAUUCCAGUACAAUGGCACAUAUUGGAAUCCGUCGUUGAAUACAUGGAUUAUCGAAAUCAAUCGCCAGUGCUGGCAGACAGAACAAGGCGCGAAGCCGCGACGCCCCAUGAGCGCAAGACUCUCCAAUCUCUGUUGCUUCAGAAUAAGCCAGAUGCGGAUGAAAAGAACCGCAAGAGCACAACCUCUGCAUUCUGCGAUCUUUCCAUACGAGUAACGGACGACGAAUGGGACAUGAUGGAGUAUGAAAGUAUCAAGAUUCCUGAACGCAGCCGUCACGCCCUCUUUCGGGCCGCAAGAAUCAUUACGACCGACUCAUCAAGGAAAGGUGUCAUUUGCGUCAUUGUUUGUGACGACGAAGAUUGUAAAUGUACUGAUGAUGGCGUAUGGGUGAUGAGAAUGACCGAACUUAUCGAUCUGUUCGUGAACGAGAAAAUUUUGUCUGUCCAAGAGAGCUUGCGGAUUGCUGAGCUUUGUCGAGUUUGCGAGAAAGCAUAUCAACGGCGUAAUACAUCACCUGAUACUACCUCGUUUGGUGGGACGGAGACAAAUACGGAAUACCUUAAUGAGGAAAGCAUUGCACAAGGUCUACGGGAUGGAAGACUUCAGCGGGGUCGAUUGGUUGUGACAAAGGAAAAUACCAAAGAAGCAUAUGUUGUUGUCAAAAACAAGAACUUUUUUAUUGACCUGAAGGAGGGGCAUCACAAACGGGCUUUUCAUCAGGACACCGUCGUCAUUGAAAUUUUGCCGCAGCAAGACUGGGGCCGUCCUAUUGGUCGCCGGCGCCUGUCGCACCAUUCGGAUGCUGAUGAGGAGACUGCUGAUUCAUUUGCAGACCUUGCUUUUCCACAAUACCCUUCGGCAAAAGUUGUUUCCAUUGAAAUUUUUGCAAGACGCUCAUUUGUAGGUACUCUCAUUGAAACUCCAUUGAACAAUGAAUCUACUAUUCUCAUUGUUCCCAUGGAUAUGCGCAUUCCGAAAAUUCGAGUUCGUACACGCUGCUGGAAGCGAUAUGUAAAUAUGCGACUUCUUGUCCAAAUAGACGACUGGGAGGUUGGGUCGCAGUAUCCCGCUGGUCAUUGCAGUAAAAUUAUUGGGGAGGUUGGGGAAAUUGAAACGGAAGUUGCUUCCUUGCUCCAUGAAUGUGAAAUCGAGCUUGAACCUUUUGGCUCGGCAGCUCUUGCUUGCUUACCGCCCGAAGCUGAUAACUGGACUAUCCCUGAGGCCGAAAUAUUGAUGAUGCAAUGCACGCCCAUCGUCUUCCGAAUGGAGACGGUUCGAUAUGCUUCCUUCGCUUUUAAGUUCAAACCUUUGUUCUCUUCAUGGUGGAACCGAUCGUUUGGCUGUCUCCGUGAUCUGGACUAUGAGCGAGGAUCUGACGGAGGUAAAGACGUCGUGGUUCGGGCGUACAGUUAUCCACAGUUGUGCUGUCCACGAUCAAUCGCCCGAAAAGUGUCGCUCACACGGCGUUUUGAUCACCAUCAACGAAAAGCCAUGACAUACAAACAAGCCGACAACCUUCUCUCUGGGCAACCCGCGGAUAACGAAGAAAACGUGUCGCCCCCACCGAUGACUGCUGGCGCCCCAGUUGAUUUGAACGUAUCCGCUCGUCUCAAAGAGGGUCUUGAAAUACUCACUGCUUUAGCUAGGAAACUUCGGAAAGAUCGCGAGGAUAUCGGUGGGGCGGUUGAUCUCUCAAAUGGGGACCAAGGGUCAGAAUUGCAGUUUUCCCUCAAGUCAGGCAUUCCAACAGAAGUCAUCGCAAAAGAAGAUACAGAAGUGCAUCACACUAUCGCAGAGCUCAUGAUAUUGGCAAACACUACCGUCGCUACACAAAUAUAUUCGUUCUUUCCGGAUUCUGCUUUGCUCAGAAUCCAUCGGUCUGUCCCGGAAGAUUACUUCGACGACUUUCGAGAGUUACUUCAAAGCGCUGGGAUUGCUUUCUGUGGCCCUGAUAACGCCGCUUUAGCUUUGUCAUUAAAGAAAGCUGAGGAAGUUGCUUCACCUUUUGUUCGAUCUUUGCUUCGAUCGUUGGCAACAAGGGCAAUGUCAGAGGCUCAGUACGUGUGUGCUGGUGCAAAAACGAGAGCUGAGCUUUCCCACUAUGGUCUAGGUCUGUCUUUGUACACUCAUUUCACAUCACCUAUACGGAGGCAACUUUUGGCUACCCUCAAAUCAUCAAAGCAGCUUGAUCUAGAUGAGCAAAAAAGAUACUUUCGCCAAAUUGCGCCCCUGCCUGUUUCGAACUUUUUGUCAGUUUUAAAGAAUGGGUAUGUUGACAAUCAGCCGCCUCCACUUUCAGAGAAGUUGAUCGAAAGUUUUCGCGCUUUUCAGUCAACAAGUGAGAGCGUAUCACAAGACAAUUUUGGGAUGAAUGAUGAUGCACAGUCUUAUAGUGGAUCCGAGCUGGUGACGAUAUGUGAAAAGCUAAAUGUUGGGAGUCGACGCGCAAAGUAUGCGUCUAUGGAAUGUCAAUCCUUGUUUCUGAGCUUAUUCUUGCGAAACCGAGUCGUGGUAGAAAGGGCUAUCGUCGCCGGUCUUCGCACAAACGGGAUUGUGUGUUACGUACCACGAUUUGGAUUCCGGUCACCGAUUUAUUUCCAGGAUAGAAGCGGUUCCGUUCAGAUUGAUCCUGCAUUUCUAGACCUUGUUUCGGAUCAUGGCCAGCCACCAACAGUUGGGUUUUCGAACUCCUCGACCAUACGCCGGAUUCCAAAUGCUUCCGUUGUCGUGCACAAUUCAAAAGAUGAUAGCCCAACUGUAAAGUAUCUUGAGGUAUCGACAACUGACUCGCUAGGUUCGCUGAUUUUGCGAGAGCUUGAUGAAGUCAAGGUGGAGCUUUCGUGCUGGCAGUGGGACUCCAGGGCAAGAGUACCCUCGCCGCAGCUACAGUUGUCCUACAGAGGUGAAGUACCGCAUUGUAAAUCUGACAAGAAGCAUAAGUCGCGAACGAAUUUACUGGAUCGGAAUAUUAACCGUAAACUCGAAGAAGACAGUGAAAAAGCCAGGGCAUCGAUUUAUUCCCUUUGCGAAACAACAAUGAAAAAUGUCGAACCACUUUUGCAUAGGAUCCCGUUUCGAUAUUCCACUGAGCACCCGAAAGUUCAAAAACUCACUGAAUCCUUGAAAGGCCGACUAGUCUUGCGAAACUUUGUCAACCCAGACACCCGCUCUUCUUUGCAAGAGGCCCUGCAACAAUCCGCAGCAACACAAGGUGCUUUGCGCAGAGUGGAGGCAUCUGACUUGAACGAUUGUGAUAGUUUAUGCCGACGAAUGAAUCAAAUAGAAAAGACGGUGAUAGUGCGACAGCAAAAAUUAGCCGCGGAAAAGAGGUCUAGUCGCCGAGCAAAGGCGGUGUAA